AGUGGAAGCAUAGGAAAAGCAAAUUAACCAAAGAAAAUUCUUGAGCUUCAUAUUCACAAGCUUGGUUUUUUUUUUUAACUUAUUUUGUUCUAUAAAACCAAAGCCUCGUAUUUUCCUAGUAAAGUUCCAAUCUUUGGGCAAAGUUUGUACUUUUUUUUUUGCUACAGUUUGCUAUGCAAACAGAAGCGAGAGUUGGGGUCGUAAAUCCAGGCCAUGGGGGAGGAGGCGGAAAAAGUGGGGUGGACACGACAGCCUUGAAAUUUAAACAGCAGCAGCAAGAGUUAUUGCAAGCACAAAAAACCCAGAUCGGGACUGUCUCACAGUUGCUUGCUGGUGGGGUUGCUGGUGCUUUAAGCAAGACUUGCACUGCACCUCUUGCUCGUCUCACCAUUCUCUUUCAGGUGCAAGGCAUGCACUCUGAUGCUGCAACAUUAAGAAAAGCUAGUAUAUGGCGAGAAGCAUCACGUAUUGUUGGCGAAGAAGGUUUCAGAGCCUUCUGGAAGGGGAAUCUGGUUACAAUUGCACAUCGUCUACCAUAUUCUUCUUUGAACUUUUAUGCCUAUGAGCGCUAUAAAAAGUUACUAUAUAUGCUCCCAGGACUGGAAAGUCAUAGUGAACAUAUGAGCACCGACCUUUGCAUACAUUUUUUAGGUGGUGGCUUGGCAGGAAUUACUGCUGCAUCUGCUACGUAUCCACUGGAUCUUGUAAGAACACGUCUUGCAGCCCAGACAAAUGUUUUAUACUACAGAGGCAUUGGGCAUGCUUUACAAACUAUAUGCAAAGAGGAGGGUGUUUUGGGCCUAUACAAGGGACUUGGAGCGACACUUUUAGGUGUUGGACCUAGCAUAGCAAUUAGCUUUUCGGUAUAUGAGAGCUUGAGAUCUUUCUGGCAGUCACAGAGGCCCCAUGAUUCUACUGUUCUGGUCAGUCUAUCUUGUGGCAGUCUUUCAGGGAUUGCGUCGUCAACAGCAAUAUUUCCUUUGGACCUCAUUAGACGGCGCAAACAGUUGGAGGGGGCUGGUGGACGAGCCCAAGUUUACACAACAGGGCUUUUUGGUACAUUUAAGCACAUAUUCCGGACUGAAGGCUUCCGUGGUUUGUAUAGAGGGAUAGUGCCUGAAUAUUACAAAGUGGUGCCAGGUGUCGGUAUAUGUUUCAUGACCUAUGAAACAUUGAAGAUGCUUUUAGCAGAUGUUACUGCAAAAUUAUAGUUCGUGAUGGUAUCUCGCUGGAUGUUUGAUCUGCAACUGAAAUAAUGGGUUGGUUAAAAUUGGUUAUGUGAUAGCACACCACAUUUAACUUUCAUAGCUCUUCUUGCAGUGGCAAAAUUUUGUGAUGCUGCUGUGAGAGAUAUUUUUCCAUGUAAAUAGAUGGAUGGUGACUUACAUUUCAUGUGUACUCGAUGGCUUUGUCCGCAUCCUCAAGGAUGCAAUACCGAUGGUGAUCAUUUUAAAUUUCCUGUUCCAAGUACAAGUUUUGAUCAUAUUGUGUAGAUCACUGGCAUAUGUACCAUACAUUUAUAACUUCAAAUUUGAGUAAUAUUGUACCUUCUCUAACAAAAGUUAGGGGAUUGUCUUUACUUGUU